UUAGUACGCCAACAUUACAUUUCGAAAUUAUCUAUGUGUUUUUCUAGCCAUAGAUUUUAUUAUAUUGAAAAAUUGGCGAUUUGAAGGAUUGGUUGCAUCAUCGCUUAAGGAAAAAUGACUGAAAAAUUGGUACCCGUGGUUAAAGCAGAGGAAGAAGAAGAGGAAGAAUUAGUGGACCCGCAGCAGCAACUGAGGGAUGUUUGCUCCCAAAAACCAGAUGCACAAAACCUAUGGGCAAAGUUCCAAGAGUGUAAUGACCGAGUGAACUCCCGAUCAAAGACAACGGAAACUUGUGAAGAGGAGCUGAUCGACUACAUCCAUGUUCUCGAUAAAUGUGUCAACAAAGACCUCUUUAAAAGGCUAAAGUAAUUUUAAAGUACAAAAGUGUUGCCCACAAACAUAUUUAUUGUUUAACACCUUCUUGUUGCCAGUAGUUUCCUGGUUUUUUUUAUGAUUGUUAGAUCAAUUUAAAUGUAGCAAUUUUCUGUAAAUAAAUUAAUUUAAUCUGA